GUUGCCCAUUGCAGCGAAAGUGAGGCUGAGCGUUUUACCGGCAUUUUGCCUGGUUCUGGUGAAGCCAAGUGAAGUGAGAGGCAGGUGGAGUGGACGGCUGCUUAUUGUUUCGUUUUCACCAUUAGGAAUUCAGUAACCGGGGGCAAGUUUACUUCUCGAGAGGCACACGGCAAUGGCGGACAACGACAAACAGCGGCUGAAGAAUUUCAAGAACAAAGGGCGGGAUCUGGAGUCAAUGAGAAGACAGCGCAAUGAGGUGGUUGUAGAACUAAGAAAGAAUAAAAGGGAUGAACAUUUAUUAAAACGAAGAAAUGUACCUCAAGAGGAUACUUGUGAAGACUCUGACCUUGAUGGUGACAUCAGAGUGCAAAAUACAUCAUUAGAAGCCAUCGUGCAGAACGCUUCCAGUGACAACCAGGGUCUUCAGCUUAGUGCAGUGCAGGCGGCUAGGAAGUUGUUGUCAAGUGAUCGCAAUCCACCAAUAGAUGAUUUAAUAAACUCUGGCAUUUUACCAAUUCUCGUACAUUGUCUAGAACGAGAUGACAAUCCUUCGUUACAAUUUGAAGCAGCUUGGGCUUUAACAAACAUUGCCUCUGGCACUUCAGAGCAAACACAGGCUGUGGUUAAAUCAAAUGCUGUUCCUCUUUUUUUAAGACUGCUGCACUCUCCACAUCAGAAUGUGUGUGAACAAGCGGUUUGGGCUUUAGGCAACAUCAUAGGGGAUGGCCCUCAAUGCAGAGAUUAUGUAAUUAGUCUGGGAGUUGUGAAGCCCCUACUUUCUUUCAUUAGUCCAUCUAUACCUAUUACCUUUCUUCGUAAUGUCACAUGGGUAAUGGUUAAUCUCUGCCGUCAUAAAGACCCUCCCCCACCAAUGGAAACAAUUCAGGAGAUUCUUCCAGCGUUAUGUGUGCUCAUCCACCACACAGAUGUUAAUAUUUUAGUGGACACUGUUUGGGCCCUGUCCUAUCUAACAGAUGCUGGAAAUGAGCAGAUUCAGAUGGUUAUCGAUUCAGGGAUAGUUCCUCAUUUGGUGCCCCUACUCAGCCAUCAGGAAGUUAAAGUCCAGACUGCAGCUUUGCGAGCCGUGGGAAAUAUUGUAACUGGUACUGAUGAGCAAACGCAAGUAGUCCUGAACUGCGAGGCUCUUUCUCAUUUCCCAGGAUUGCUGACACAUCCUAAAGAGAAGAUCAAUAAGGAGGCUGUGUGGUUCCUAUCCAAUAUCACAGCUGGAAACCAACAGCAGGUGCAAGCAGUGAUUGAUGCAAACCUUGUUCCAAUGAUUAUACACCUCUUAGAUAAGGGUGAUUUUGGUACUCAGAAAGAAGCUGCUUGGGCAAUAAGUAACCUAACCAUUAGUGGCAGGAAAGAGCAGGUUGCAUACUUGAUCCAACAAAAAGUAGUCCCUCCAUUCUGUAAUCUGCUAACCGUGAAAGACUCGCAGGUUGUGCAAGUGGUAUUGGAUGGGUUAAGUAACAUCCUCAAAAUGGCAGAUGAUGAAGCAGAAACAAUAGCUACUCUGAUUGAAGAAUGUGGUGGAUUGGAAAAGAUUGAACAGUUGCAACACCAUGAAAACGAGGACAUCUAUAAAUUGGCUUAUGAGAUCAUUGACCAGUAUUUCUCAUCAGAUGAUAUUGAUGAAGAUCCUGCCUUGGUUCCAGAAGCAAUUCAGGGUGGGACAUUUGGGUUCAACUCAUCCACCAAUGUUCCAGCAGAAGGCUUCCAAUUCUAGAAAGGCAUAAUUCCUGGAGCAAGUGAAAUAAUGCAGCACUAAAGGAAGGUUUGAUCGAUCAUGCUUGGCUCAUGUGGGAUCCACUGCUGCAUUAAAUCGGAGAGCUGUUUUGCAGAUUGCGUUUGGUGUCCGAGAAAAGCCCAAAUGAAGUCAAGCUGGCGAGUGGGUGCGAGUGCGCGUGAGAGUGGUAAAAUGUUAAAAAAUUUCACAGUGAAUGCAAUUUCGGUUGUUUUAAAGAAAGGGGCUAAGAGUCAAAGAAAGGUCAAUGUCCACGAAGUAACUAAACCAAGAUCAAAUUCAGUUAUCUAGAAUAAUUAGAGGAAUGAAGCAGUUAAGAUAACUACAAAGCUUCAUCAACCAAGAAAGGGACAUCGACAAGUCAGAAGACCGAGUCAAGGCCUUGCUAUGAAGCACUGUGUGAAUGGACCCACUGUAUGAAUGUCUGGACUCAGUGCUGUUGGAGCCAGGUUCAUUACUUGAAAUCUUGGGCUCUGUAUUCACUCAUAAAAAAUAAACUCCUAGUCAUGGAGUGAUGUGUGGAAGAGAGUAGUGUAUGGGCGUGAUGUUGUAUGUGAACGCAUGCAAACUUGAUUGCCUUCAAGUGGCUAAUGAAUAAAUCCAGAAAAACACCAAAAUGAGUUUGUUUUUAUUAAUAAUUAACAUACACUGGAGAAUUUAACCAAUUUAGCAGCAGUGCAUUGUAUAAUUUAUCUGUGGCAAUUUAGGUUGAAUCUUGCAGCUUAUGCCAUUUGCUUGUUUUACUUCCACCUUGGCCAUUAUAAUUUUUUAAUGUUUAUACUACUUAUGUACUUUAUUUGUAGUUAUGAAUUGUUCCUCACUUAACAAUUGCACCAAUUAAAUCAAUAAGUGCUGUGAGUUGCUUUCCAUAUAAAUCACGAAUACAGGAAAGAAAUUAAGAAAUAUGUAAUGGUAGUAAGCUGCUCACAUGCAAAAAUUUUGCAGAGGGAUAAAGCAAACCUAUACAUGCUCUGCUGCUUAUAUACAUUGAAAAGUUGUCAUAAUUUAAGUCCAGGGAAUCUCAAACACCAACAGUGUUGUGGAGCUCAUCAACUUGGAUCAAUAAGGUUGGCUAAGAUAAUCAAAUCACAUGCAUCUAUUAAUUGAUGGCUGCUUCUGAUUUAUUUUAGCUACGUUUUUAGUUAGUUCCUGUGUAGACUAUAGCACCGUACCUCAUGGGGUAAAUGCUGUUAAUAAAUAUUUGUUUCCUAUUUUCCUGUUAUUUUUCCGGAUUAAAAAUAUUUCAGUUGUGACUAAUUUUGGUGUAUACUUUCUGCUAAAGGGGAAUGAUAAAAGUAUGUAUAGAGGAAAUAAUCAAAUGUGAAAACACCCUUGAUAUGUUUCAUACUUUUAGGAAGGACUUUUUAAAAAUUAGAUACAAGUAGCCAUGAACCAUCUGAGCCACUUUAAAAAGAGUUUGAUGUGUUUCAAGAAGCUUGCAUGCAGACCAUGCAAGUUCUUUUUAAAAAAGAAAAGAGCCUGGAAGAUUGUUGGUUCUUUGAAGGUUUCGUACACUAAAUUUGGCUGAUUGAUCAAUUUUGUUUCGAGAAGGAAAAAAUGCUUACCCUCUUGGUAAGGUGGCUCAUUGUAGGAAAUACUGUGCCUUCUCCCUUUAGAGCACAAGUGUUGCAUGAACAAGUGUUACUGUAUUUAAAACCGAAGGUAAUAGUCACUAAGGGGAAAUGUGAAAAUGAUUACCUGAUUCCUAUUUUGUGUUUAAAAAUUUUGGAAUAUUGUAGACUGGAUUAACAUGUAGUUGUGAUUUCUUUUGUAAAUUAGUUGGUUUUCCCUUGAAGCAUUCCUUGUCGUCAUACACAUGCUUUAAAAGCUAGACAAAAAUUGAAACAAACAUAAAAUUAGCUUGCUUACACUGUUGUCCAUUAGAGUGCAGGCUAAUCUGUUUUAGAGAAAAAUAAACUUUGAAAUUA